UAUUUUAGUAUCUGCAGCUUGUUCAUCGAAUACAAUCGAAAUGUCUAGACUCAUAUUCAUCUUAAUAUGUGGGUUAAUUCCAUCUCUACUUGCCCAGUGUACUGUGAAAAAAACAGAACCGCUUUUCAAGAGAUCAGUGUUCGAGUUUUCGGUUAAUUUGUUGACAAGAAUUGCCCAAGAAAAGGAAAAUCAUUUCGUAACAUCUACUCUGUCAACAUGGACCUUACUGACAUGUACAUCUUUGGGCGCUUCUGAAACGACCCUUUCAGAAUUGAAACAGGUUCUCCAAUUGGAAAAUAAUAAGUGUUUUAAUAAUAAAUACUUAAAACUUGCAAACCGUGUUACAAGUAAUAAUAAUACGGACGUAGUGUUUGAAAGAAGCGCAAGUAUAUACGUAGAUAGUAAAUUAGAAAUCCGAAACAAAUUUAGGAAAAGGAUUUCAGAAAGUGGUGUUAGCCAAAUUGAAACUAUAUCAUUUGAAGAUAGCGAUAAAGCUACACAGAUUAUAAAUGAUUUUGCGAGCCGGGCGACUCAUGACACAAUAGACGAAGUGGUGUCUCCGGGAGACCUUGAUGAUGUGCUUAUGGUUAUGAUUGAUGCUGUAUACUUCAAGGGGUCUUGGCAAACUCCAUUUGUGUAUGAAGAGACCGAAGUCAGUCCAUUUUAUAAUGAACGAGAUGUUCAGAUCGGUACCGUCAAUCUCAUGUACCAAAUUGGUUCGUUUAAUAUAAGAACGAUUCAGAAGAUAAACGCAAAUGUACUUGAACUUCCAUACGGCAAAAACAACAGAUACUCCAUGUUAAUAUUUUUACCGGAGGAAAAUGUAUCCCUGUACUCAGUAAUAGAAAAACUGAAGUUAAUUAGUCUAUCGACAAUAAGUAAGCUGUUCGACGAAAUGGGCCCACAAAUGGUUUCAGUUCAAAUACCGAGAUUCAAGAUAACAUCUGAUCUUAGUAACUUGAAAGAACUGCUAGUUGAUAUGGGCUUGAAAACAAUGUUCGACAGUUCCCAGGCUCAAUUUCCAAUAAUAUCCAAAUAUCCAUUAUAUGUUGCAAACUUUAUUCAAAAGGCUGACAUAGAAGUGACAGAAGAAGGGACGGUAGCAAGUGCGGUGACGAAAGCAGAAUUCGCCUUCAGAACAUUCCCUGCCCAAUUCGUUGCAAAUAGGCCUUUCUUUUUUAUGAUAGUCGAUAAGAAAUCCGAGGUUCCAAUCUUUACUGGCGCUUAUUCGAAGCCAAGUUUAUUUUGAGAUGGUAUAAAUAUUUCAUCA